UUGCCAGUUUGGCGCAAAAUUCAAUCGACCGUCUCCUCAUCGCCUCCUCACCGAGUCCGACACCUCCAAAACUACAACUCACUGAACACGCAACCCAUCCCAGCUGAACAGGGCAACACCGCGGGGAGACACGAAACCCAAUCGACUCAUGUGCGACUCGGAUCAUGACGAGGCCGUGUACGAGCUCGCGCUCCGAAUGCAGCGCGCUGGCGAGUGGGCCCGCCUGCUGGACGGACCAGCGUUCCAAGCGUUGGUGUUUGCGCUCCAGUCCCAGGCGCACUGGCAGGCGUUGCUGGCGAUGCCCGUGCUGCUGCAGCCCCAGCUUCGCGCCGUCUUGACGCGACCAGUCGACGUGCGACCCAAACCCGACUCUGCUGCCCUCGAGGUCGAAAUGCCAGUUUCACGAGGACCGAGUAUCAUGCUCGACUCACUGUCUGGACUGUCCCGCGAGGAGCUGUUUGCGCUGGUUUGGACUGGAUCGCUCACCGACGAAUUCGUCGCUGCUUACGCAGUCACUGCCGAGGUCAUGCCCAUGGCCGAUCUGACCGUGCUCGAGUCCAUCCUUCACGCAUUGAUUGCGCUUUCUCUGGACCCAGUCAUUUUUGCCCUGCGGAUUCGCUCCAUCCUGUAUCAGCAUCGGAUUGACGAUGCGAUUCCUCGCCGACGCCACGACGACGACCACGAGCGAGCAGCACGAGCAUCCGAAGUACUGCGCCAAGCUGCGCAACAACAGCAGAACACUACCAAGCGAGGCAGAGCUACAGUACCGACACAGUUCGAUACCGCCGUGAGCGACGGUGAGUUUGUCCAGCGGCUGUCCGCGUUCGAUGCGCAGACGGCUGGGCGCUACCAAGCGCUGGUUGAACUGCAGGACGUGUUCAUCCUUCUCGAUGAUCUUGGCGAGGACGCUGAACUCGAAAUGGACGAGUUACGCCGAAGACCAGUCCGGCAGCAUGAAAUCGACGCUGGUACUCUCCCGAACGUCACGUCCUACUUUGACGGCACGAGUCAGACUGGUCCAGCCCACGGCACCACCACCAACAACAACAGCAAUACCAUCAUCGACGGCAAUGACAGCGACACGGAAGUCAAACGACUACAGACAGCGCGGGAUGAAAGCGACUAUUUGGAAAUGUUCAACACCCAAUGCGAGCACAUUGUGCUGACUUUGCGCAACAAUCGAGACCACGCCUAUCCGUUUCUAACACGCGUCUCGAAACGCGAUGCACCCGGCUACUACGACGAGAUUGUUCAUCCGAUGGAUUUUUCGCUCAUUCAGCGCAAGCUUUCAAGCCAGCAGUAUCUCGAGCGGGCCCCUUUCGAGGCUGACAUUCGCCUGAUCUAUGCCAAUUGCCGGGCGUACAACACAGAGGACGACAAUGUCUUUUGUGCUCAUGCGGACGCCUUGGAGGCAAUCACAGAUCGAUUGUUUGCCGAUUGGGUCACCGUGCCAGUGCCCGUUUCCAUUCGGCGCAAGAGUCUAGCCUUGCAAGCCAAAGAAGCCCAACUGCGCCACAAAGUUCUAGCAGCAUUUCAAGCCGCACAAUCGAGCCGCUCGGAAGAUGCUUCGGACGUUGAAGUCAACGCCAACCAAACAGGUGCCGAUCCAGCAGUCUGCAUACCUGCCCCGCCACUUCCACCUCCGCCCCCACAGCCGCUCCCAUCCGUGCUGCAGACACUGCGACAAGAGCUGACCAUUCGAGCGCGCGAUACUGCUCAACCAGACACGUUCCAUGCUCACCGGCGGUUCUUGCGGAAUUCUCUGCUGCGCACACGAGCCCUGCGCUGGCUGGCACGGAGCGACAGUGCGAACGGCGCGGCGUCCAGCAGUACACCUGAUCCAAGGCUCGCUGCCGACAGAGAGCCUUUCGCCAUCCGUCCAACCGCCCUGAGCUAUUAUCCCACGCCGCUCGUCGGGUACAUUUCGCCAGUAGCGAACGAGUACGGCGUUGCUGCUGGCUCCCUGUUUCGAGCAGGGAGCGCCGAACAAGACGCGCAGCCAAGGUUCAGUGACCAGGCUGUCAUCUUGCCAGCCAUUCCAGUAUCGACGCACGAAACGCUGGAUUUGACCGUACUGCCUCAAGCUGCAGCGAAAGUGGCCUGUCCGAUUCUUGGCUCGCUUGACACUAUUGUACCAAACGUGCUGAGCGCUUCCGAUGAUGAUCCUGGUCUUGGUGAGGGCCCACACGUCGCCGCCGCUCCAAGGCAGACAGAGCUCGUGUUUGAUGCCGAGCAACUCGAGUGCGUUGGAAAGCGGAUCUUCCCGGACGCGUACUCGGAGCAGCUUGCCCUUCCUUGGUUGUACCACCCUGCGCUUGCCACACCAACGCAGCCACUUUCAUCAUCGUAUUCAUACCAGCUGAGCAGCGACAUAUGGACGCGGUCACCCGUAUGGGCGAACGCUGUUGCACUGCAAUCCAUCAAACAACGGGUGAAUCCAGAUGUGGCCACUUGGAACUUCACACUGCCCAAGCAGUCGGUGGCUGUGGAUCGUUUGGACGCGUCGCUGAUUUCCAACCUGCUCGACCGAUCGGUAGCGGUACUUUUGGCGCAUACAGGGCUGGAUGGGUGUGAUGCGUCCGCUUUCCAAUUGAUUGGCGAAAUGACCGGACGGUUUCUCGAAAACCUUGCCAAUAAAAUGAACAUCCUUCGUGUUACGCACCGCGAUUCAAGCAACGUUGAGGAUUUACUGGUGCCCUGCUUGGAAGCUGUCGAAUGCUCUCCAGCUGCACUGUUGCGGCAUGGCCACGUAGUCGUACAAGGCACCUCAAACAAGAUUCGAGCAAUGACGAGGGCACUUGACACUGUUUCGGGCACCAACACUCUUGAACCCGGGGCAAGCGUGUCUGCAAUGGCAAGCGAAGAGGGUUGAACUGAAAAGCAGGCAGUGCGCGACGACGACCAGCCAUUGCCAAACAAGCACAUCGCGGCUCAGAUGCACGGCAAAUAGCACCCAAGCCGCAUCGCGCUUUUUUGUACUGCACAAGCGUCUGCAAGCUGCUGAGGCGCCCAUGUUGAAGCUCUCAAUCGCGAGAGAGCGGCUCAGCGAACUUUCAUGGUCUGUUUCUCAGGCGGAUUCUUUCAGUCUUCGGCCAGCCAUGUUGCACGUCAUCGAUGAUGCAAUACAGAGCAUACUGCAUGUCUGCCGAAGAUUGCUUGCAUUGAAACGUUGCUUGCACACAGAAUCACAUCAACUGCAGAAACCUUCUUGCAAUAAAGCAACAAACUUCCAUUGUUCUCGCUACUCUUGCUGAUCAG